AUGGCCGACGACGACGCACCACUUGGUCAGCGCGAACGAUCGCUGGGGCUAUCCCUGGCGUAUUUUCACCACUUCAUCGACGUCCACGGAGGUCGCGACGCUUUCGAAGGCCUGACUACCUGUCAUGUCUGCACUCGAUUUGUCAUGCCUGCAACCCGCCCGUCAAAUCUGUCGUUGGUGGCCCACGUUCAAAGCCAGCAUAGCGAGUACGUCAAGCCGGCGCAAUGGUUGAUCAGCCACUCGUGGUCGUACAAGUUUUUGGACGUUGUGGAUGCCAUUGACACAUUUUGUCAAGAGCACGACCUCGGCCCUGACACUUCGUUUUGGUUUUGCAUGUUUGCCAACAACCAGCACGUGAUCAGUAGCGCCGAUCCCACGGCGAUGUUUGGCCAUUGGCUGCAAGCGUUUCGCGAGGCUUUGACAGACACGGGGAAGCUCGUGAUGGUGCUGAGUCCGUGGCACGACCCAGAGACCCUCAAGCGGACGUGGUGUGUGUACGAAGUGUACUUGUCGGUGGUGUUGAAAGCCCGAUUUGAAGUCGCCAUGGGGAAGGCUCAACACGCCGUGUUCCUAGCCGACAUGCAAAACUUUGAAAGUGUGCUUGGGAUGCUAGCCAAAGUCAACGCAAAGAACUCGACGACGACAGUUGCCACCGAUCGCACGUGCUUGUUUGAGCUCAUCGAAAAAGACCACGUAGGGUUUGCAGGUGUGGACCGCGUGGUCUUCGGCGCCAUUCAAAAGUGGAUCGUUCAAGCGCUCGACAAUCAACUUGCCAUGGCUACGCUUCCCGAAGACCGCUUUCGAUGGUUAAACUCCAAGGGGAAUAUGUUGGUCUGCGUUGGUGCAUUGUCCCAAGCUGCUGUGCUGUAUGUCCGUGCAGUGGACGUUUUCCGACACGAGCUGUCACCAACCGUUUGGCAAGGCUGGGACGCCGUGGUUCGCCUUGGACUCGUGAAAGCGUACCUACGUGAACCCAGAGAAGCGUGGGAUCCGUUGUUACACGAGGGCUUGGUCAAUCUCGAACAGAUCCUAGGGCGAACGCACAACACGACGUUGGAGGCAAUGAAGGGCAUCGGUCGCGUGUAUUGCCGGGAAACAGACUUCGACCAGGGCAUGUCAUUGCUUCGCGAGUGCUUGGCCUUGGAGCUACAAGUGGAAUCGAACGACAACGUGUACGGUACGAUGCAAUACCUGGGGGAGGCGCUGAUGCACCAACACAACAUCGUCGAAGCGCGAUCGCUUCUCCAACGAGCGUACGACUGGAUGUGCCGCACGCACGGACCCAACUUUGCACGCACGUUGUCGAUUCAAUGCGUGCUCGCCGUGGGCUACCACCUCCAGGGGCGGUACCGGGACGCCGAAUUGUUGCUCCAAUCAUACUACGACAACGCAGUCCGAGUAUUUGGGUCUGCGCACGUGGUACCUACCAGGUGCUUGAUGUACAUUGCAGUUAUCCAACGAUUGAGUGGCGAGUACGACAAGGCCGAGGGCAACAUUCGGGAGUGUGAGGUAAACUCGCGUCGCGACGACGAGUUUGAAGAAGGAUACCUUUUCUGCAAUAAGGAGCUUGGGCUGGUCGCGUAUAGCAGAGGCAACCUCGACCAAGCCACGUCCAUCUUGGAGGCCACGCACGAGUCGUUCGGGCAGUACUUUGGUGUCGACCACGACCAAACGCAAGAGGUGCUGCUGGUGAGCUACCUCGCCCAUUUGGAACGGGGCUUCGAGUCGGAGGAGACCGUCGACCGAUGGCUGGCCAAGUUCCAAGCCGCCAAGGCCACGGCAAUCUCGUGGGGGGAUGAACACAAGUGCCUUGCGUGCGUGAGACCGAUCCAAGACGACAUGCUCAUGUGCCCCGAGUGCCCUCGGCUGUCUCGCCGACUGUGCCGGCCGUGUGCUGUUGCCAACCCCCCUCCCUUGGAAGGAUGUGACCACGAUAUUACGUCGUGGACGGAGUUCAAACCACCGAUUCGACACUUGCUCGAGCAAAAACAGCAACUUGGGAUGCACGCGGCAACGACAUCAGAUGACGAUGCGUUGGAAUGUAAUCCUCAGCCCAUCGACACAACGCUAAAUAACGCUCCAUAA